AAUCACCGUUUUUGCUCUUUGUCCCCCGCCCAGGUGACCCAGACGAGCCGGCCGGAUCUCAUCCUGUUCCUGAUGAAGUAUCUGAUGGCGCUGGUGGUGGGGAUCCCGUCGGUUUUUUGGGUGGGGAGCAAGAAGACGUGUUUCGAGUGGGCCAGCUUCUUCCACGGGCGCCGGAAAAAAGAAGUCGUCAACGAGAGCCGCCAAGUGCUGCAGGARCCGGACUUUGCUCAGUCGCUGCUGAGGGACCCCAACACUCCCAUCAUCCGUAAAUCGCGGGGCACGUCCACGCAGGGCACGUCCACCCACGCCUCGUCCACYCAGCUGGCCAUGCUGGACGAGCAGCGCAGCAAAGCCGGCAGCGUCCACAGCAAAGUCAGCAGCUACCACGGCAGCCUGCACCGCUCGCGGGACGGACGGUACACGCCCUGCAGCUUCCGCGGCGUGGAGGAUCGCCUACCUCACGGCAGCAUGUCGCGGCUGACCGACCACUCUCGGCACAGCAGCUGCCACCGGCUCAACGAGCAGUCGCGGCACAGCAGCGUCAGGGACCUCAGCAGCAACCCAAUGACACACAUCACGCACGGCACCAGCAUGAACCGCGUCAUCGAGGAGGACGGCACCAGCGCCUGAGCGGGGCAUUGCAGCUCCUUCCUCGGCGAGCUGACGCGCUCAGUAUUAUCCUCAUCCUCAUUCUCAUCCUCUCGCCAGGUGCUCAAUCGUGGCUUCGCGGCUUCUCCGUGCGGUCAUUCUGGAACUUUCCUCAGAGCUCAGCUCAGUCACAAGCUGGUUGUCUCCUCUGAGCCUCUGCGGAGGUGCUUAUUUAUUUGAUAACUGUUCCUCGUCACACACACACAACUGCUGAAUUUCUUACUCUCUGUGGAAAAGAAGCUCCCCCUUCUCUCUGUCUCCCUCCUCCCGUGGGCUUGGGGUGGUGCUGGGGUUGUUCUGAUGAGACUCGAGGGAACUCGUGAUGGUUGAAGGAAUCACCCCCUCCGUGCACCUCCCUCGAGGGGCAGCAUUUGCUCCCGCUGGAAACGCCACAGCAAUGAGCGUUUUGGAGAAGGAAACUCCUCUGAGGAUCGCCAGCUCUUCC